GCAUAAAGGCCCUGGGUGUCCACGAGCUACUGUCAGUCAGAAGGCUGCACAGUCCAAGAUGGGCUCCUCGCAGGCACCCCAGAUGGGGCGUGUGGGAGGGCGAGGAAUGAUGGCACUGCUGCUGGCUGCGCUCCUCCUGCCAGGGGCCUUGGCUAAGAGCAUCGGGACCUUCUCAGACCCCUGCAAGGGUGCGCGUAUCACCUCCCCCAGCGACCCCUGUUUCACUGGGAAGAGUGGUUCCAGUAGCUUCAGUGGCUACAGUAGCUCCAGCAGUUCCAGCAGCUCCAUUUCCAGUUCCAGUGGCUCCAGCAGUGGCUCUUCUGGUGGCUCCAGUGGUUCUGGUGGCCCCAGUGGUUCUGGUGGCUCCAGUGGCAGCGCCAGUGUCUCCAGUGUCGCCCAGGGUGGUUCUUCAGGAUCUUCGUCAUUUAAGCCAGGAACAGGGUAUUCCCAGAUCAGCUACUCCUCCGGAUCCAGCAGCUCCCAGUCAGGAAGCAGCAGCUCCCAAUAUGGAAGCAGCAGCUCCCAAUAUGGAAGUAGCAGUUCCCAACCAGGAUCUGGCUCGGCUCUACCAGACAGUGAUCGUUCUUCCCACUUAGGCUCUUCCCAGUCUGGAGGCGGCUCAAGCUCAUCUGUUUCCCAAAGCUCUUGGAUAUCCAGCAGCAAUGGCCAAAGGGUCAACUCUAACUUACGCCCCUGUAAUUCAGAUGUCUCUGACUCUCCCUGCAGUGGGGGGCCUAUUGUCUCCCACUCUGGCUCCUACAUCUCCAGCUCCCACUCUGUGUCAGGAGGUCAAAGGCCAGUGGUGGUGGUGGUGGAACAGCAUGGCUCUGGUGGCCCUGGAGGGGUCCAGGGUGCCCCCUGCAACAGUGGUGGCCUUCCAGGAAAGCCCUGCCCCCCCAUCACCUCUGUAGACAAGUCCUAUGGCAGCUAUGAAGUGGUGGGUGGCUCUUCUGACAGUUAUCUGGUCCCAGGCAUGACCUACAGUGGGGGCAAAAUCUACCCUGUGGGCUACUUCACCAAAGAUAAUCCCAUCAAAGGCUCUCCAGGUGUCCCUUCCUUUGCAGCUGGGCCCCCCAUCUCUGAGGGCAAAUACUUCUCCAGCAAUCCCAUCAUCCCCAGCCACAGCUCUUCUAGUUCCAAUGUCUACCAGUCGGGAUCUUCCUCAGCCAUCGUGUUCCAACCAGUGGGCUCUGGUGGGGUCCAGCCCUGUGCAGUUGGCUCUAAGGGGCCCUGCUCCCUCUCAAGUUCUGGAGCCCACAGCAGUUCUAGCAUUUCCAGUAGUUCAUCCUUCCAUCCCUGUGGUGGUGUUUCACAGGGGCCCUGCUCCCCACCUGGCCCUGGAUCCUUCAGCGGCACCUCCAGCUCCCAAGGCAGUGGUAAAAUCAUCCUUCAGCCCUGUGGCAGCAAAUCCAGCUCUUCUGGUCACCCUUGCAUUUCUGUUUCCUCCUCUACAUUGAGUGGGGGUCCCGAUGGCUCUCCCCAACCUGAUCCUUCAGCUGGUGCUAAGCCCUGUGGUCCCAGCAGCUCUGGAAAGCUCCCCUGCCGCUCCAUCCGGGACAUCUUGGCCCAAGUGAAGCCUCUGGGGCCCCAGCUAGCUGACCCUGAAGUUUUCCUACCCCAGGGAGAGUCACUUGACAGUCCAUAAGUUAGCUUUUGCCUACAUGCAUGUGUGGGCAUACACAUGUAUACACACACACACAUACACACACCAUUUCUCAGUUGGGAGAAGACCAGAGGCCCAGGCAUGGGGUUAGCUCUGUUUGCCUCCUUCCCAAGAGAGUUGCUCUAUUUUCUCCAUUGCUCCAAUAUGGCAGACUCCCCUUAUCGCCUCUCUUUUCUUCAACUCUCCAAAUUGUAGACUCCAAAUUCCUUUCCCCAUUCUCUCCUACUGCUUAGAUUCCCCUUAUACUGCAGUGCCUUCUCUGCCAGAUAACCAUUCCCUAAAAUUUCCUCUGUCAUUUAUUUGAGAUGGUACAAUACAUUAGCUAAUCCUACCCAUUCAGAUUUCUGACUGGGAAACCCCUGAAAUGUUCCAUAGUAACUCUGGUUCCUGGAGAAGUCAUCCCCCUUUUUACCUGUUUGCCAAAUAAAGCAAAGUCCAAACUGUUGCUUGAAAGCAAUGACCACUUUUCACUGACCUCUCUUUGCCAUCUGCUCAACCAACAUGGCACACCAUGGGCUUCUCACACUCCCAAUUCCACUCCCACCCUCCACUACAGAGCUCACCACACCCUCUGUGAGUUCCCAACACUUCUUUUUGCCUCUCAAGGUUUCCGUCUCAGUCCCCUGUCCUGGCUGCCACUUCCCUCAAUGCUUAGAUGCUUCCCUGUGUGAGGGAGACACCAGGAUACCCUCGGACACUGGAGUAGGUUCCCUGCUCUCUCUGGACCCUGGACAGAUGGUUCAAUAAACUGUGUGAGCUAGAUGCAGACUUUUGCCAUCUUGGUGUCCUGGGUCUCACCUUAGGACCUACGUGAUGCUCUUCUGUACCUCUAGAAAUACCCAUGUCCCCCCAUUUUCACUCAUAAGUUGGAACAGUAUUUCUCUUAUACUUUAUAACUCCUCCCACAAAGGAGGAAAACAAUAAAUAUUUGUUAAACUGAAA